AACCUAAAACUAUGACAACAGAACAGCAACAUCAAAACAAAACACCAAAACAAGAUACUAUAAUGACAACAUCAGGGCAAAAAAACCAGAAUGACGAUGAUACUAGAGCAAGGACGCCAAAAUGA